UUUCGCGCAGCGUCCAAGCACGGACUGAAAUCCGACCGUGUGGCAUUGGGCUGCUGUGUAUUCUCAUCCUAGGGCCGCUCAUCAUCCGGGUUCGAUUUGCCCUAGAAACAAAUGCAGCUCUGGUCCGAUGACUUUAUUAUUCAUUCGUUUGGUUUGACGUACCGAACUAACAUAUUAAGGAAUAUUAAGGGAAGACAGGCUAUAUUCUCAGGACUACCUGCGAUCUAUCGUACUCAUGGCGAAUCAGCAAACUGUCCUCUUCCAUCCUAUUCGUGAUGUUUUGACAUAUCGAUGUGUCGUUUGAUUGUGCAACAGGCUCCCGCCAUAUAUUCGUGCGGUUUAUGGAGGCGAUGGGGGAUCAAAGGGAGGAUGUGUCCUAGUGCUCCACAUAUUUUUGCUUGUGGUUACAAUAUAACCAUUUAUUAAUGUUGUUCACUUUGAAUGGUGCUCUUUGACAUAUACACAACUGGACAGCACUUCAGUUUGACGAGGUCAUUUUUUUGUAGAGGUUGAUAAGGGAAUUUAAAAUGGCAACGCAAGUAACGGGGAGGAAAAGAAUUCCCAACCGGGAGAAACUAUCGGCGGAGGAUGAUGCUCUCAGUCAAAUAGCUCGCGAGGCAGAGGCAAGACUGGCCGCUAAACGGGCAGCCCGGGCAGAAGCUCGAGAAAUCCGUAUGAAGGAAUUGGAGAGACAACAGAAAGAGAUAUAUCAAGCCCAAAAGAGAUACUAUGGGCCGGACAGCAAAUGGGGCCAUAUUGAACAGUGGAUGGAGGACAGUGAGCGGUAUUCCCGCCACUCUCGGAGACAUACCUCGAUAUCAGAUGAUGAGGAGCGGAUGUCUGUUGGCAGUCGGGGCAGUUUGAGGGGCAACCACACAGAUCUCUGCAGCAGCACCAGCAGUCUGCCUUCAGCCAGACUACAAAAUGGACGGCCCUCUGCGCUUUUUAAUGACCCCCCUCGUUCAAGAAGUCACAGGGGGUCACUGCAUGAAGAGAGUUCUUACUCUGCCACUAGGCGUUUCAGUGGCUCCAGCGCUAGAGGCCCUUCAGACUAUAAUGGCUUUCUGGGCUCCAGUUCCAGGGCCUCUUCUAGGGCUAGUUCAGCCCGUGCCAGUCCAGUGGUGGAGGAAAGGUCAGAUUUCCUGGAAAAGGGGUCCAGGACAGCCUCCACCCUCUCUGCUGCAACUCUAGCAUCCCUUGGUGGAGGUUUAUCACGAAGAGGAAGCUGUGAUACCUCGAUUUCAGCGGACACUGAGGCCUCCAUACGGGAAAUGAAGGACUCCCUGGUGGAGGUGGAGGAGAAAUACCGUAAGGCAAUGGUGUCCAAUGCUCAGCUGGACAAUGAGAAGACAAACCUGAUGUAUCAGGUGGACACACUGAGAGACACUCUGAUGGAGCUGGAGGAAUUUCUGUGUGAGACACGCAGAGAGUGUGAGGAGAAAAGCAGAGACUUCGAGCGAGAGCGUCAUGCCCACAAUGUCCUGAAGUUCCAGUUUGAGGAGAUGAAGGAAACACUGAAACAGAGUGAAGAGUUGCUGACGGAAGCUCAACAGUCUCGUGGAAAGCAGGCAGACUAUAUUAAAGAGAUCGCUGACCUGCAAGAAACAUUGGAAUGGAAAGAUAAAAAGAUCCGGGCCUUAGAGAGGCAGAAGGAAUAUUCAGACAUUAACCAUGAUGAACGGGAAGCACUCAGGAAUGAAGUAUGUCGGCUUAGGGAUGCUCUAAAGAAACAUGGCAUUAUGCAGGGAUCUGAGGUGACGGCCAAUGGGGAGUUAGCAGACCGGGCGAUUGAUGGGCAUGCUGUUGCGGAAACAGCCUCCCGAUUGAAUCAAGACUCUCACACGCCCACUAUAACUGGAGACAGCAUGUUAGAGAUCAGAUUGAGGAAGCUGGUGGAAGAGAGAGAGAGUUUGCUCGACCAGGUGCGGAAGUAUAAAGCCAUUGCAGAGCAGACCCAAAAGAAUGGGACAGCAGAAACAGGAAGCACAGAUGAAGAUGACCUAAAGAAUGGUCUGGACCCUCAUAUUCUAGAUCUCCAGAGAGAUGCUAACAGGCAGAUCAGUGACCUGAAAUUCAAGCUGGUCAAGUCUGAGCAAGAAGUCACAGCACUCGAACAAAACAUCAUUCGACUUGAGGGUCAGGUGAGCCGCUAUAAAACGUCUGCUGAGGCUGCAGAGAAAGUGGAAGAUGAGCUAAAAGUGGAGAAACGGAAGUUGCAGAGAGAGCUGAGGUCUUCACUUGACCGUAUCGAUGAACUGGAAGCAAGCAACAGCCACCUUACGAAGAGACUAGAGAAGAUGAAGGCCAAUCGGAGUGCACUUCUGGCACAGCAGUGAUGCCCACCUGUGCCUACUCAUCACCCACUGGCACCAAUGAUCUGCCACCCAUAUUACACUAAAACUUCUAUCAAAAUCAUACCAAAUUAGCCCAAUCAUAAUCAUGCUAAUUCAGACAUUCAAAAGUAAAUAUGGCUGACAGGCAUGAACGUCAACCUUCAUUUGUUUGCUAGUGGGUUUCCAAGCGGAGGACAUAUCAAAAACGAAUUCUUACUGAGGCUCAUUAAAGUGACCUUUGGUUUGGAUUAGCAGAAUUCUGGCCCUCAAUGAACUCUCAAAAAGUUUUUGACUGGUUACGGAUCUCUGUUUCAACAGACCAGCUCAGCACAGGCUGAGCACAGCUAUUGCAGCAUGUUCCUAGUAUGGUAGCAUGUUGGUUUAGUAAACCAGUGGUGAGGGACAUUGACUUAUCUUAGCAGACCAUGCACUUUAUCCAUGCAUCAGUAUUCAAAUUUUGUUACACAGAAACUGUAAUAUAUCUGUACACAGACCUGCGUUGCAAAAUUAGGUAAUUGAAUUUGUGUAGUCUAGAGAUUAAAUGAUUGAAUGUAUGCUCACAUACAGAGACAGUUGAGUGUUUAUAGCAAUUUUUGUGCAGAUGAGAAGUGUUGUUUACACUAUCAACAGCUUAGCAACUUAUUGCUAAUGUCCAUUUUGUUUCACCCCAGAUCUGUGUGUGUGAGCGUGUGUGUUUGCGCACUGGUCCAUACCUAGAUAAGGUGUCUUCAUAAUGUAAGUAAUUUUUGUUUUUAUGCUAAUGUUGGGUUAACAUCCUGAAGAACUAGAUUAGGACUACAACAAAAUUAUGCAAUAACAAUUAUAAUAACUUUAUGGAGUAUAUUUGGGUAUAAGCCAGGCUUUGAAAGAUUUGAUUCAUCGUCCUGUUACAAAUGUUCUUAGCGCUCACUGCACUUAGUUCCCCUUCUGGAACUCGAGCUGCGUCGAAACGCUUUGGCAAAGCGACGAAGCGUCUCAUUCCCUCGGGGAACCAGGGUUACAUACGUAACCUAGAGAUGUUUUCUUUGAUGCUUUAUGAAAGCACUUAAUGUUUUCUCUCACAUAUCCAGUGGGCCAAAUGAUGAAAAUACUUUUGUUUUAUUUAAUAUGCAGGUUUAAGACUACAUACUUAGUUUCCAUGUAUAAAAACCUACAGAUGUCUUGGUCAUUGUAAUAUUGUUAGUAGAAUUAGACAGUAAGCACAGCUGAUCAUCAGUAAUGUUUCAUGUCCAGUUUAAUCUCAGAUCAUGGUGCAACUAUAUCAUCUGAGGGCUAAAUGGACACUUCAGAUGUCACCAGCCUUUAAGGAUACAAACUGUAAUCUGAGUCUUGCUUUUGAAAACAUGCUGAGUCAACACAAUAAAUGGGAGUGCAGCUUUUUCUUUUUUUAAAAGCUGGUCAUUGUAGCACUUUCACUAACGGUCGGCCAUGUAACUUCAUUUAAGUGUAAUAAUAAUCUCAGUGCAUUUGGGGUUUAUAGAAAGGGACAUGGCUUUUUUUUUUUAAGAGAAGAAGAAAAAACGUUUUUGCAAUGCUUUCAAGUGUAAAUUGACCAUUGCAAGAUGUGCAUCAUUAUGAAAACAGCUAAAAUAAUAAUUGUCUUGAUGCUGUAUCUGCUGGUUAAUCGGUUCUAUCAAGAAUAUGGUUCUUUUUUGCUGUAAUUAAACCUCUGGGUUCUGCUUCCAUUAAAGACAAUGCGCCACCUUGUUUACACAGUCAGUGAACAUGUAAAUGCUGUCUCUAAAGAACUGAUAGGCUGAACUUUUGAAAUAACAGACAGACACACCAAUUACAUCGUUUACCUGUAUUACAGCUCUUCUGUAUGACAUGACAUAGCAAGAAAUAAACUCAUGCAAUAACACUGA